CUCCUCGGUGUGCUCGGCCGCUCUUUCAGCAAAGUCCAGCCUAAUUGUCGCUUCGUCAGCUCACCUCCGAGCAAUGGCCGCAGUGCGUUCUGACUAGGUCCGCUUUUGCUGCCCAUUUUCGCCUUGCUACUACACCUUCUUGACGCACGGUUUCGCUAUGGAGAAGUUCUCGCAAUUUCGAGAUCGAGGAUCGGGUAUUGCGCCAUUUCUUCCUAUCCCCUCUCAACCGCUGGGCUGGAAGCUCCCUCUCGGAAUCUUUUUAUUCUGCUUUCGCCUUCCAUUGCUCAUCUUUGUGUGCUUGAGUUAUUUCCUCCUGCUCCAAUGGUUGCCGAUAGGCUCGUUCGGGAAGAAGGCUUCGCUGUGGUGUAUUCUCGGCGUCCCCAGUAUCUGGUGGAUUGACCUCCAAGUGGACGGUGUGAGAAAGGGAUCGCUCUCAAAACAGCACCAAGCCCGCCUCCCCGGCCCCGGCUCCGUGAUCGCCUCCUCCUUCACCUCCCCCAUCGACCCACUCUACCUGGCCGCCAUCUUCGACCCUGUCUUCACAGUCUCCUACCCGAACUCGCGCCGCGUCGAACACAUCUCGCUUUUCCAGGCUAUCCUGCGCGCAUUUGCCGCCCCGCGAGUAAGACCGUCAACCGGCGCGCGCCUCGUCGACAUCGCAAGCCUACUGGAAAAGUAUCCCGGUCGGCCCAUCGUUACCUUCCCCGAGUGCACCACAACCAACGCACGCGGGGUCCUGCCGCUGAGCUACUCGCUUCUGGGCGUGCCCGCGACAACCAAGAUCUUCCCUAUCAGCUUGCGGUAUACGCCGGGUGAUGUGGUGACGCCACUGCCUGGGAGCUAUCUGAGUUUCCUGUGGAAGCUGCUGAGUAGACCGACGCAUGGUAUACGUGUCCGGAUCGCGGAGUGCGUGGUUCGGGGAGCGGUCAGCGCUGCGGACAAGGCUGGGGCGUCGAAGCUUGCCCGCCAGCCAAGCUACGAUACCAAUUACUUUGACACCUUGGAGCAGAGUGAUGGGGUUGCGCUUGCUCCUGGGGAGAAGGCGCUCCUGGAUCAGGUGGGGGACGCCCUGGCUCGGCUGGGCAGGGUGAAACGUGUGGGAUUGGGAGUCAAGGAGAAGCAGGAUUUUCUUCGCUCGUGGACGAAGACGAGGCGGACGUGGUGAAUUGCCGUCUGAGAUUCUUCGUUCAAUUCCAUUUAUAGAUGUCUAUAUUAAAGAUUUCUGUAGAUUAGUUGGUCUUGAAGCUUGAUGGCGUAUCACUACAACCAAGCUGCCAGGAUAGGUCAACGAGUACCAGCCAAGCUGCUCUCAUAAUCAGUCUAGCCGAGAAAAAGAAAAAAAAAGGUAUCUGUAAUUAACGCGCCUUAGUCACACAUGUAAAACAAUCACUUUUUCUGUU